UUUGCGGUUCAUCGGGCGUAUUUUGUUGACACGUAGUAGGCGAUUGUAUUUAUUUGGCGAGAGUUUUGAAUGGGCUGUACAUCGAAUUUGUGAAUUAAUUUUUAAUCAAUAUACCGAUUUUAGUUGACCACGAUGACACCGAAAUUGAAAAUUUCGGAUUUUGUGCUGAAGCGCAUCGCCAAAGUGACGACUCAAUGCAGCGGUGAACUGUUCGGCAUCAUGACCCAGGGUACGCUCGCCGUUCUGGGAUUCGUACUGGAAGACAACGAGGGCAAGGAGCAGACGAGCACCAUGAACUAUCGGAAAGCUCAGAACAACUUUCCUACCGAGGUUGACCUUUGCGGUUUAAUCAAGUUCGGACCGUGCAGUGACGCCGAGGCACAUCUGAGCGAAAUUCUACAGGACGUGGACAUUACGGACAAUCCGGUUCUGAUCAACUGCGACGGCAACGGGGACGUCAAGGCGUCACUUUUCAAACACGGUCAACUGGAGGACAUCAACUUUGAGGUGGUUAGCGAGGUGGAUUUGUUCCGGGACUAUCUGUUCCUGAGACUGCAGUGCAGUUUGGAGUUGUAUUGUGAGCUGAACGAAAAGUCUAUUGCGGAGAAUUCGUUCAGAUUACGGAAACGGUUGGCCUCCGGAAAUGUGGCGUUCAGUGUGAGUGGAACGGGGGUUAUACUAAAUGGGGGAUCCACUGGGUGUCAGGUUGUAGGGUUGAAUGUCGAAGACACGGUGGAUUCACUGAUUGCGAUGACCGCUAAAACGGAUGACGAUGGCUUUGGCUCGAAAGGUGGUAAGAAAAAGACGCCGUUGAACGUGAUUCCUACAGAGUACCAGGUUCUGAACGUCAAUAUGAUGGUGAAGAAGUCGAAGGACACUCAAGACGAACGGCUGACGAAGGAAGCGAGCAAUGUGACGAUCGAUAGUAGAAAUGCAUGUGGUAAAAUGAAGGUACCGCUCCAGGUGGACGUGUUAAGUAUGUUGCACAAGGAAACGAAAGUUCUCCUGUGCUACGAUGUUCUAGUAGAGAGCAUGUGUCGUUCAUUGCGUUUACUGGAGCAUAGCUUCCUAGAACAGUUCGAACAGUUCCAGCAAAUUUAUGUGUCCAAGUGUUACCACGUGUAUCCGGAUGGUCUUGGACAUUUUUGGACUUGCGUGUAUCCUGUCGGCGAUACGAUCAAGGAAGACGAUGAAUUCCUUUCAAACAAACGAAGGUCCGUGCAUCAACACUUUGGAGUACCAACCAGUAGACCUUACUUCCGAAAAGCCAACGAGUUCCGAUUCAGGGAAGGCAACAGCAAGCUGCUUUACAAUCCACACGUUGGAGUUAAACGACAAUUGACGGAAGGCAAAAUGUCGCUGGUUCAGGGAAGAUACAGUUAUCACCACUACAUGCAGGAUGGCUUCAACGACGACGGCUGGGGUUGUGCGUAUCGUUCGCUGCAAACUCUCGUCUCAUGGUUCAUCUAUCAAGGAUAUGCCGACGUUCGGAUCCCGACACACGAAGACAUUCAGAAGUAUUUGGUCCGGGUUGGUGAUAAACCGGCCGCAUUUGUGGGGUCUCGCCAGUGGAUUGGGUCGACGGAAGUUUCGAUGUGUCUGAACGAGUUCGUCCAGGUGGAUUCCAAGAUAAUGCACGUCAGCUCCGGUGCGGAUUUGGCGAUGAAGGGAUCGGAACUGGCAUAUCACUUUGAAACGCAGGGAACGCCCAUCAUGAUCGGAGGUGGUGUGUUGGCUCAUACCAUUUUGGGGGUGGAUUUCGAUCGCAAUACGGGUGAUUUGAAGUUUUUGAUUCUGGAUCCGCAUUACACUGGGGCGGAUGAAAUCGGCACCGUUUUAGCGAAGGGCUGGUGUGGGUGGAAGGGUGUUGAGUUCUGGGACAAGAAGGCUUACUAUAACUUGUGCAUGCCACAGCGACCAUACGUGUUUUAGAGAAUGUAGUGUAAGAAGUCGGUUGUUGAGUAUAAUAAAGCAUUUUUCAUUAAACUUAAAAAA